CCUUCCUUCCUAUAAGCUCGAUGGCGCCCGCCUCCCCUCGCCGGUGCCGUGUCCCCUCGUCCGCGCACGCCCAGCCCACCUCCACCUCCCAUGCCGGAGCGCCGCCACAUCGCCGGAGAUCCGCCGUACUGGUGAUCCCCGGAGCAGGCGCGAUGGACCGCCUCCUGCUCUCCCGCCCACCGCUCCCCGUCCCCACCCACGCCGCUGCGGGCGCCGACGGCGACCUCCUCGAGCUCGACGUCCUCUGGCCCUCCAGCGCCUCCGCCUCGUCCGCGAUAGGGCUCGGCCUCCUCGCCGCGCUCCCGGAGGACGAGGGCAAGAAGAAGAAGCGCGCCGCGGGCGGGGGCCCCGCCCGAUCCGCCGCGCGACCCGUCCCGGAGACCGCCGCGCUGGCCGCGUCCGGGAUGGCGAGGUCGGCGCCGGUGCGGAUUCCGUCGGAGCCCUCGCGGAGGGGGAGGUGGGCUCACGCCGGCGCGGGCGGCUGGGAGGACGCCGGGGAGGCCAUGGUCCCGCCGCACGAGAUCGUCGCGCGCCGCGCGGCCGCGCACAGCUCGGUGCUGGAGGGCGCCGGGAGGACGCUCAAGGGACGCGACCUCCGCCGCGUCCGCAACGCCGUCCUGCGCCGUACCGGCUUCCUCGACUGAGGCGGAGGCGAGUCGUCACGUCGCAUUCGCGAUAAAGUUUUGACCAUGUUUUUCCCCCCUUCACGAUUUUGUUUCCUUUCCCGAUGUGUUUCCAUCCGGCUAUUUUGAUUUCAUCCCCUGAGUGAGGAGUAAGGGGUUGGAAAAAUUGAGGUGAGGUGAGUGAGCAAGGACGUAAUUAUGAUGUUGUUCCGUCACGCAUAUAUGGAAAUUUUGGCCCUUAUAUUUAUUCAAUCCGUGUGCCCUGUUUGUUGAGAAGAAA